AUGCAUGUCGCUCUUGAGCCCUUGCUGGCUUGCAUGGAAGGUAUUUCAUCUCUGCCGUCGAAGCAUGGUCUCUCCCUGAGUAACGUACCUUUGCGAUUAUUGGCGAUAGCAUCACGGAUGGCAGGGGCAGCGACACCGACAAGAAUAACAGGUGAGAUACAACUUGUUCCUCCCCCUUUUGGCUCUUCCCCCUACACUGGAUGUUGA